AUGUCACCUUCACAGCUUACUGACAGAGAACUGUUGGAUAGCGACCCAGAGGUGAAAAAAGUUACUGUAAAAGCAGUUAUCACAAAAUCACAGGACUUUAAGGAAGAUACUACAGACUGUUUUAACAAGCUGUUUCAGUAUUAUUCGUCAUGGUAUUCAUUGAAACGCAGUGUGGCAUGGAUUUUGAAAGAAUUUCCUACAGAAAUAAAUACCCUUGAGUCAGGAAACUUUCGUGUUAGUCAUGGUAGCAAAGUCAGGAGCCUGGAUCCGUUCUUAGAUGCUGGACUUUUGCGAGUUGAUGGCCGCUUACAUAAGUCAAGUUUUCCAGUUGAGAUGAAACACCAAGUGAUUUUACCAAAAGAUCAUCAUGUUUCUACUUUAAUUAUCAGACAAAUUCAUCAAGACCUAUUACACAGUGGCAGAAAUCACAUGUUAUCUAAACUAAGAGAAAAAUAUUGGCUUAUUCAUGCUCCUUCUGCAAUUCGAAAAGUCAUAUCAAAGUGUGUUACUUGUCGACGACAGAGGUCAAAGGUCGGAGAGCAGAAGAUGGGAAGUCUACCCAAAGAUCGCCUUACACCAGAUGAACCACCAUUUAGCCGUGUUGGAGUCGAUUACUUUGGACCUUUUGAAGUAAAAGUGAAAUGGAGCCGUGUGAAGCGCUAUGGUGUCAUUUUCACUUGCCUUGGUAGUCGGGCCGUGCAUUUGGAAGUUGCGGCUUCAUUAGAUGCAGACUCUUACAUAAAUGCCCUGCGCCGUUUUAUUGCAAGAAGAGGACAAGUUAAGAAAAUACAUUCUGACAAUGGAACUAACUUUGUUGGUCUUAAAAGAUCCAUUCAAGAAUGGAACCAAGCACAAAUUCAAUCUGCAAUGUUACAGAAGAAUGUAGACUGGCAGUUCAACCCACCAGCAGGAUCACAUCAUGAUGGUGUGUGGGAGAGGAUAAUCAGAACUAAGGAGCAGAUACUUGAUGAUGAAGGACUUCAUACCCUAAUGUGUGAAAUCGAAUAUACAGUCAACGACCGACCAAUAACAAAGAACACCGAUCAACACUGUGACUUGGAGCCUCUUACACCAAAUCAUUUGCUUUUGAUGAAGAGGAAACCUAACCUUCCUCCAGGAGUCUUCGAUAAGACAGAUGUGUACCACAGACGACGUUGGAGACAGAUACAAUAUAUGGCUAACCUGUUCUGGCAUCGUUGGGUAUGCGAGUACCUACCACUUCUCCAGGAACGACGGAAAUGGCAUAAUAUCAAGAGGAACUUUCAAAUCGGUGAUGUUGUGUUAGUCGUAGAUUCGAAGGCCGCAAGAAACUCUUGGCCGAUGGGAGUAGUGCAUGAGACAAUUCCGGACAGAAAAGGACUUGUGCGUCAAGUGAAAGUGAAAACCGCGACAAACAUUUUAACGCGCCCUGUGGACAAACUUUGCAUAAUCUUAGAGAUGGACUAA